GUUUCAUUCAAAUGUGUGAUCAGUAGGAUACAUACAGUAUAUGAACUACUAGUAGAAUACUUAUAAUAACAACAACAAAAUACUCUCAAACUAUUUUGCUCCAUCUGAACUGUGCUGCUUACAUUUAAUAUAAAAUAAUGAAAAGCAAAUCAUUCUUUUCAUAUUGGUGUAGAAAUGUAUUAAGCCACUGCUCCUGUAAGAUUUGAGGGUUUACACAAUGGGCUUCUCUCCUCUAUUCUCAGGACAGAAUGGAAGCUUUGAUUUGGUUUUGUCUACACGGGAGGGAAUUCCAAAGAAGAGCUUCAUUCUAAUGUUCAGGAUGAGAAUAUGCUUCUCCAGGAGUUAUGAGUCUUUGAUAUCCCUGAGCAAAUGUAAGGACACAUAGUUAUUCAAACAGUAGACCUAUCCCGCCUUUGGGAUAUAAUGUUUAUUUAGGAGGAUUAAAACUGCUUAUACUUUUGAAAACAGUGUUGCAGGGAUGUGCUGGUGGUGGGGGGGGCGCAUAGGAUGAGAAAAUAGAAUGUAUAUCGAAUGUGUACACAUCUGAUUAUUCCAAUGUGAGACAUGGUGGGUGAAACAGCGUGGAGCUGUCCCUUUAAAUAUUCCUUCCGGGUGGUUGUCUCGGUAACCCGGAAGCGUCCAAUUCUGAGAUUCCCUUCCUGUUUUUUUUUGUUGUUGUACAUUUUAAGGAAGCAGGGGUGCUGGCUUAUUGUUAUUUUUUGGGGAUAUUCGCUUGUAGUUGUGAGUAACGCAAACCAUCAGUGAUCCACAAGAAGAGAAGAUCUAUGCUUACUCGACCCUGUACUUUUAUACUGUUCAUUUUGUGGAUAACUAUGGCCCAGAUUCCCGGCCAAGAGAAUAAAGAGAAAACUACUGCCCUGAAAGGUGAGCAACUAGACCUGUUGUCCAGGAUAGACCUGGACGAACUCAUGAAGAAGGACGAACCUCCGCUCAAUUUCCCCAAGACGCUUGAAGAGUUUGAGUAUGCCUUCAACGAGCAGGGCAGGUUGAGGCACACCACGACGGGCGAGGCGUAUGCGUUCAACGCCCGGGAGGAUCUCCACAGGUGGAACCAGAAACGCUACGAGGCCCUGGGAGAGAUUAUCACUCGUUAUGUUUACCAACUGCUGGAGACAAAGUGCAACCUGACAAAGGAAAUCGUGCCGGUGGAUGCCACAGCGGAGGAGCCCAGGAGCUUCAUCUACCUGAGUGCUGAUGCCAUGUCCAACCCUGCCAAGCUGCUGGUGCUCAUCCAGGGUUGCGGGGUGGUCCGGGCCGGCCAGUGGGCACGACGCCUCAUCAUCAACCAAGACCUGGACUCAGGAACACAGAUCCCCUUCAUCACCCGCGCCCAGGAGGAAGGCUACGGUGUGAUGGUGCUCAACCCCAAUGAGAACCACCUGGAGGUGGAGAGGCCGACCAAGCCUGCACCCCUGCCCUCCCCCGAGGCCUCGGACGAACCCGCCGAGAAGAGAGAGCGCAAGGACGACCGGGAGAGCAAGAAGAAGAGGGACUUCUACGAGAAGUACCGCAACCCGCAGAAGGAGAGCGAGACCGAGCAGAUCCCCAUACGAGAAAACGGCUCCCCCGAGGAACACGUGCUCUACGUGUGGGACCACUUUGUGUCCAAAGCCGCCGCCAGGAACGUCUUUGUCGUGGCGCACAGCUACGGAGGCCUGUCGUUGGUGGAGCUGAUGAUUCAGAGAGAGGCUCAGGUGAAGAACAGGGUGUGUGCCGUGGCCAUGACCGACUCAAUCCACAACGUCUGGCACCAGGACGCCAACAAGAGCAUCCAGGAGUGGCUGCAGCAGCACUGCCGUAACUGGGUGUCAAGCCCCGAGCCCCUGGACACACCGGUGGAGCCUAUGCUAUCAGACUGUCCUCGCGUCUCUGCAGGUACAGAGCGACACGAGCUGACGUCGUGGAGGAGUUUCAACUCCAUUUUCCAGUUCUUCAGUGAGGCUUUACAGACUGGGGAGGAGGAGGAGACCUCCAACACGGUCACUACACGCAGCUCCCACAGAACCAAACCCGACCACGACCACAACCACAACGACCUAUAGAACUGCACCAGCAGGAGGGAAACGCAGGGGGGGUGGAGGAGGUGCAUAAAAUCCUCUCUGUCUUCCCUCUCCAUCUUUUCCUCCUUCCUCCCUCAUCUCUGUGUGAUCUCUCUCUCUCUCUUCUGGCUGAAUUUAUCUCCCAGCUCGCACGUGUAUUGUUUUACCGGCAGAGUGCAGGGUGGUGGUGUAUACAUUGCAAUAGCGUUUUGCGUUAUUUCUAGAUGAGCGCAACUGUCAAAACAAUAUGGGCUGAGUGUUUGCGUUUCCCGUGGGCUGUGGCUCGUCUGUGGUCCGGGCCACGGAGCAGUGGUUGCAGUGGCUGAGAUUAAGGCUGACAGGCGCUGUGCACAGUGCGCCGUGGUAUACCUCUAAUUGUCCUGACAUCGCCCUGAACUGAGCUAAUACCCCGGCAGCCCUCCCCACCACUCCCCGAGGUCCUAGAGCCCGCCCCUACCCACACAGUCCUCCUCAACCCACACCACUCAUACACUUGGCAUAUCUCCCCCCCCCUCAACCCAACCUCCUACCGUCACCACAAAACGAUGGUUUUAACUCGAGUAAACAUUUGCCAUUAACAUGAGAUAAUUUUAACGUAAAGUGAGUGUGUUGUUUUUAUGGCUCCCUAGUCACAUCCAUCCCUUUCCCUUACCAUCUCCAAACACACACACACACACACUUCUUAAAACGAUAGUUACAUUUUCUGUCAAAUGAGGUCCUAUUUAUACGAUCGUACUUUGGGGAGUUGCACUGCAAUGUUUAUGACAGCUGAUAUAGUGGUGGUGUUUUUGUAUCUUACUUUCGCUCAAUGUUUUGUUGGAUUUUUAUGCACUCUGAUUCGAUUUUGUAUCGCACCAAAUGAAGUCCCAGAGUCAUAAAUGUUGACUUGAGGUUGACUGUCUUUGAUUUUUAAUUUGUAAAAAUGUCUUCUUCUUCUUUUACUGUACCCUUUUUUUUCUGUUUGAAAUCCAUGAAAUUGAUGUCCCCAGAUGAUUUAAUUUGAUGAACUAAAUAAAACAACCAUAACCUGUGCUAUAUAUGAGAAUUCAAGAAACUGAGCAGAUUUUAAAUCACUUAAAGCCCAGGAUCAAAAUGAGUUUUAGGGACAUCUCAUUUUAACAGAAACAAGUAGUCGGUAACACAGUCAUAAAAACUUCAAUACAUCCCCUUUGCACGUGUCGGGAAAUCCAAGAUUUCAAUAUUAUCCUAAGCCUAGAUGAUGUGUCUUCAGAUGCGGGGAGAAAUGUAUUUUCCGAACACUUGCCUCGAGUGCAAACGUAAAAGUGACAAAGAGGAGAGCUCUGCGUGGGUCAGCCUCGCAUAAUCUCAAUCUGGGACAUAAACAAGAUUUUUUUUUUAUAUAUAUAUUUCCACAGCGUUUAAGUUAGAAAUCACUCAAAGAAUAAUGGAAUAUCCUUCUAAUAUGCCCAGAUAUUUGUAUCACCAGAAGGAGACAGUAAGCCACUGAUACAUGAAUACACCUCACAACACAGCCACUGUCUAUCCAGACAUGCUUUACCUUUCCACAGCUUCAGGCGAGGUAUUUAUAAGGAGUGUUAAGAAAUGUAUUGGGUAUAUAUUAGACUUUUUAUUUUAUUUUUAAUUCUGUGUAAAUAACAUCCACUGGGUGAUAUUUUGAGGCUUCUGUAGGUUAUUAAACACACAUCAUUGCUUUUGUCAGUAAUGAGGGAAGCAGUUUGUGAGCUGUUGUGAUUUUCAUCUAAUUGUAUUAAUGUCUCUUUGGAUGUCACUCAUGAAGUUAACUUGUUGUUUGAUUUGGGAAUAUGUGGACUGGUGGAGAAGUUUCAUUCCAGGUUGCUGUUGUUCAUGUGUUUUCCCUUUGCGUGAAGGAAUAAACCUUUGCUAUUUUCCCUCAUUAUGUGUAUAUUGCUGCCUCAGGAAUAAACAACACACUAUGUUCACUUGAUAUUUGUAAUAAAGGGCUCGUUCCACGAAAUGAGUGCCUUUCAUAUCCCUAUUUUAAGUAUAAAUUGUACACACAUAUUGAAUUUUAAACGCCUGUUAUAUUAAAUGAAGUGCCCUUUAAUAUAGACCACAUGGAACAUUCAAUGAAUCUGAUUUCUAAUGUCAAAAGAGACAUUGAACAUCUAACAUGAGACUAACAUCUAAUUGUCAAAUUCUAGUAUAAAAGCAGGUGAGCUGGUUCAACUAUUUUUGACCAUUUUCUGGUGUUUGGUGGUGGAAAAUUGAGCAUAAGACAUCAACCCUGUUACCCAUAGAUAGACGGGCUAGAAAUGUUUUAACAAUUAAAACAUUUUUGUGAAGCUUGCAUUUAAUUGCCCCUCUCUUUUGUAAACUACAAGACUCCAUUCCCCCGAUCAGAUGGGGAUUGAUUCAUGGCUGAUUUAAGAAGUCAUCAACCCUGUUACUUUAUUUGGCACUUAAGAUGCACUUGCUAUAGUUUUUUUUUUUUUACGUUUUGUUUUUUUUUGCUCUUGAGAUGGGGAGAAAUGGGUUUUUUCAUUCAGUUGAACAUGUGCUCUUUAUGACAGAAUCUUAAAAUUUGGUGGAAAAUAAAUGUUUUUUUUUGUCACCAAGUUACACUACUCAAAAUCACCAAGUUGUUGGAUCAACCAAAAGGCCAACAAGCCAUUAUGUGAAUGGAUCAAGAGUGCAGCCUUCAACUAAAUCUAAAGCACAGUUGAUAUGUAAAUUGUGACUAAUUUUAACAAAUACUCUUGAACAUAUUAUUCUUUCAGAUUGUUUGUAUGUUUUAUUGAUCAAAGAAGUCAUCUAUCUAAGGACAUUCAUGCUUUGUGAUUUGACUAAAGAGAAACUUCACAAUUUUUUCAAAUUCAUAUUGAUCAUCUCCAGCACCACCCCAACAUCAACAUAUGUGAAAAUGGCGUGUUUCUGUGUUUCGUAGUAAAAAAAAAAUUUUAAAAGAUGUUUCCAAUGACAUCGCCUAAUUAGGAGACAAUUAGUAGGCAAUGUCAACUCACAAUUGGUCAAAAUCACAAGCUGCACACUGACGUCAUUGGAAACACUUCCUCAAUUGUUUUUACUACAAAACAUAGAAAUGCACCAUUUUCACAUAUGUUGAUGUUGCGGUGGUGCUGGAGAUCAAUAUGAAGUUGAAAAAUUGUGACGUUUCCCUUUAAAUAUAGCAUUUUUUUUAAAGUUUUUGUUCAAAUAAUUAUCCAAUCAGAUACAUUAUAGCUGUUGUGUAUUAAAAUGUCCACUGUGUUAUGUUAAGUAAACUCCAAUCAUCCACCUUAAAGAGAGAGUUUACCCAAAUUACAAAAUGACACGUUUGGUUUCCUUACCCUGUAAGCGGUCUAUGGACAAGGUAUGACGGCCAUCCUUGCUUUGGUUUAGUUGCCCUGGCAUUGUUUCCAAAUGCUAACGUUUUAGCAUUUGUGUCACAAAUGACAUUCAAGACAUGGUACCAAUAUUAGCAUUUUUCCUGCAACUAUCCCUUCAAUCAUGUUUCCCAUGCACCAUUCCCAUGUAUUAAAACAUUUUUGUCAGUUGCUGAAAUUGAA